UGGCGGGGCGGCCUGGUCCUCAGUGCGCAGCCGCAGCUGCCAGGCCGAGGACUAACUCGCGGCGGGGCCGAGUGCGUCCGUCCGGGUUCAGAGGAGCGGGUCCCCGAGGUUUCCUUUGUCUGCCAGGGAGUUGCUAUCACCAAGGAGAGACUGCACUUGGCACCUGGGGCUGCCACACUGGAUCAGAGAAAGAACCCAUUUUACCAACAUGGCAGGCAAAAAAGUGCUCAUUGUCUAUGCACACCAGGAACCCAAGUCCUUCAAUGCAGCCCUGAAGGAAGUGGCGGUUGAUGAGCUGAGCAAACAGGGCUGUACAGUCACUGUGUCUGAUUUGUAUGCCAUGAAUUUUGAGCCAAGGGCCACAAGGAAUGAUAUCACUGGUGCCCUCUCCAAUCCCGAGGUCUUCAACUAUGGCGUGGAAUCCUAUGAGGCCCACAAAAGGAGGGAGCUGGCCAAGGACAUCCUUGAAGAGCAAAAAAAGGUGCAGGAAGCAGAUCUAGUGAUAUUUCAGUUCCCGCUGUACUGGUUCAGCGUGCCAGCCAUCAUGAAGGGCUGGAUGGACCGGGUACUGUGCCAAGGGUUUGCCUUCGACAUCCCAGGAUUCUACGACUCUGGAUUUCUGAAGGAUAAAUUAGCCCUCUUGUCCUUAACCACUGGAGGCACAGCUGAGAUGUACACAAAAUCUGGGCUCAGUGGAGACUACCGGUACUUCCUGUGGCCACUACAGCAUGGUGCAUUGCACUUCUGUGGAUUUAAAGUCCUGGCUCCUCAGGUCAACUUUGGUCCAGAAUAUUCAUCAGAGGAAGAAAGGAAAGCGAUGGUGGCAUCGUGGGCCCAGAGGCUGAAAGGCAUCUGGAAGGAGGAGCCCAUCGACUGCACGCCCACUUGGUACUUUAGGGAAUAACACCUCAUGUCAUGUGAACAGCAUGUAAAGCCCAAGCAUGGAGCGGAGGAGGGAUUGCACCCCGAAGAGCUAGCAAAUGUGGUUAGUGAUGCCCAAAUGACUCCUGAGAGUUUAUACAGCCAGCACAGACUUCAAUAAUAAGCCUGUCCUGAACAAA